ACACGUCCCCAACAAGCUCUGCAUCAGCUUUCACCGUUCAAACAUGGCGAAUUCAGAAGUUGGGAGGAUAAAGUUGGGUUCCCAAGGCCUCCAAGUGUCGGCACAGGGCCUUGGAUGCAUGGGGAUGUCGGCUUUCUACGGUCCUCCAAAGCCAGAACCCGAAAUGAUUGCUCUCAUCCAUCAUGCAAUAAACUCUGGGGUUACCUUUCUUGAUACCUCCGAUGUUUAUGGUCCCCAUACCAAUGAAAUUCUUCUCGGAAAGGCACUCAAAGAUGGUGUUAGAAACAAGGUCGAACUGGCAACUAAGUUUGCUAUAGAUUUUACCGAUGGGAAAAGGGAAAUCCGGGGUGACCCUGCUUAUGUCAGGGCAGCUUGUGAAGGUAGCUUGAAACGUCUUGGUGUUGAUUGUAUUGAUCUUUAUUAUCAGCACCGGGUGGAUACUAGGGUCCCAAUUGAAGUCACGGUUUGUUUUUGUUUUAAUUUUUUUUUUUUUUGGUCCUUUGUUCUGAUUGUUAUUAUGGAUUUAAGUUGUGAUUUGGGUUGCUUUUUUUUGAAUACCCAGAUUGGAGAACUUAAGAAACUAGUUGAAGAAGGGAAAGUGAAGUACAUAGGUUUAUCUGAGGCGUCUGCAUCGACCAUUAGGAGGGCUCAUGCGGUUCAUCCAAUAACUGCUGUGCAAUUGGAGUGGUCGUUGUGGUCUAGAGAUGUCGAGGCAGAUAUAGUUCCUACUUGCAGGGAACUUGGGAUUGGGAUUGUUGCUUACAGUCCUUUGGGGAGAGGGUUCUUUUCAUCUGGGCCUAAAAUGAUGGAAACUUUGACCGAGAGUGACUUCAGAAAGUAUCUACCAAGGUUCCAACCGGAAAAUCUCGAGCAUAAUAAACGACUUUAUGAUCGAGUUAAUGGGAUAGCAACAAAGAAGGGGUGCACCCCAUCCCAGCUUGCAUUGGCCUGGGUUCAUCACCAAGGGAACGAUGUCUGUCCCAUUCCUGGAACCACCAAGGUCGAAAACUUCAACCAGAACAUCCGAGCUUUGUCCAUAAAAUUAACACCUGAAGAGAUGGCAGAGCUGGAAUCCAUUGCUUCAGCAGAUUCCGUGAAGGGAGACAGAUAUAGCACAGCUGCCGCAACCUACCAUGAGUCUGAUACUCCUCCCUUGUCUUCAUGGAAACCAACCAUAUAGAUACAAUCUUCAGUGUGAGUUAUGGAACAAAUGUACGGCCUUGGUAGUGUUCUAUAAACAAUAAGUUUCUACUUUGUUUUGAGAAUAAAUUUUCCGUGAGAAGUAAUAAUAGGUCUUUUGAUGAUAUAUGACAAGCUUGGUUGUAGGCUUGUAGCAUAUGUUGAGAUUCUCUAUUCCAGGUUAAUAAAGAAAAGGUUUCUGUGAGUUAUAUUA